UCUUAGAGGUCGGUCGCCUAGCGCGCGCGAAGAGCAUUACAGUUUACCGAAACGCUAAAACCCUAUUGGGGGUUUUGAAUUUAGAAACUCAUUGUUUUCUUCUUCUACAUUUUCUUCCUUUUCGAAACAAACCAACCGAUUCGUGCUGAAAAUGCGUUCAAUCGAAACAUCCUCUUUGUAUACUAACUUACAUUUUCACAGCCCCAAAAUCCCAAUCCAAAAUGGCUCCAUUUCGCUAAAGCUUCCAUUAUCCGUCAUUCCGCACCGAGCCAGAAUCCCCAAAUUCCACAUCUACUCGAAGCUCUCUUUAUCGCCAAUUCAUCACCUACCCAUUUCAAAUCUCUCGAAAACAAAUGGAUUCCUUGCCAAAUUUUUGUAUGACAAAGUACUAAUUUCCAUUUUUGGGGCGUUUAUUCUCAUGGGUUCGUUUGGUUAUAAUACUAGACCCAGUUUGGCUCUUCCUGCUCAAGAAAGUGAGUCGAUUCCAAAUGUGGAGGAAAAGGAAGAUUCCCAGAUGGGGAAAAGUGAAGAUGAAGCGAUGUAUGAAGAACUUUUGGUGAAAGAGCCAAGAAAUGUGGAGGCAUUGAAGGUGCUUGUAUAUGGGAAGAUGAGGAAAAGAAAGACUAAGGAAGCUUUGAAAUAUGUGGACAGAUUGAUUAAGAUUGAGCCAGAGGAAAUAGAGUGGAGGCUUUUGGAGGCACUUUGUUAUGAAAUGAUGGGGGAAUUGAGUAAGGCUAAAAGAUUGUUUAAAGAAAUUUUGGAGGAGAGGCCUCUUUUGCUUAGAGCUUUGCAUGGUCUCGCUAUGGUGAUGCACAAAAAUCUCGAUGGUCCAGCUGUCUUUGAGAUGUUGAAUAAGGCUUUGGAAGUUGCUUGUCGUGAAAAUAGAGUCAUUGAGGAGAGAAAUAUUAGAAUUCUAAUUGCACAAAUGCAUGUUGUGAAGGGGCAAUUGGAAGAAGGUUUGAAGAGGUUCCAGGAUCUGGUGAAUGAGAAUCCUCGAGAUUUUCGGCCUUAUCUUUGCCAGGGAAUAGUAUACAGUCUGUUGGACAGAAAAAAAGAAGCUGCAGAACAGUUUGAGAUGUAUCGGAGCCUUGUGCCUGAAGAAUUUCCACAAAGAGGAUUUCUCGAUGAUGUUGUAUUGGCAGCAAAAACUGAAUCUCAGGAACAGUUUCAAAAGGAGUUUGAAGCUGAAUUCUCAUACAGGAAGUAAUGCACCAGCUUCUCUCAUCUUGUUUUGGCUUGGAAGGUUGCUUUCGAUGGUAAAUACAUGUACUGCGGUGAGACAAUUUUGGAAAUGUAGAAUAAUUUAAAUUUUCUUUUCAUAGCAAUAUAGAGAAUAAUUUAUGGAAAGAAGCUUGAUGGUAUGCUUGGUGUGUCCAUAUUCUAGGAUUGGCAUCUAAUUUAGGAGUAAAGCAUUUCGAUUAAGCUGUUAUGAGUACCACUGUUUUUUGAUUGGGAUGUGAAUUUAAGGGUUCAAAUCCAGAUAAUAAUGGAGAGCAGAAUUGGAGGUUC